GUCUCCUCUUCCCACGGGCCGAAGUGAGCGCCAGAACCGUGAGCGCGAGUGGGCAGGAGGAUGGGGAGUGGGUUGCGUAUAGCUGCGACGGGCAUUUGUUCUAACUCCAGCUUUGGCAUUAGGGGGGAGUUGGCUGCCGGCAGAGGCUUCCGGGCUCCUCAUUGGUGGACGUGGAAGGGAGACUCCACAGUGUUUGGGGCUGCCGCCUUCCCCGCGGAAAUGUGCGCAAAGUUUGCUCUUGGUGUCGGAAUUGAUUGCGGCUUUUGGACGUGGAGACUCAAGUCCUGUGUAUGGGAGGGAAGCUGCUCUCAAACUGACAGGGGAAGAAAGUUCUUCAGUUUGUGUUGCUUGGGAACUGUGUCACUGCGGUUGGCCAGCUUGCCGAUGUUUCCCGGGUACUGUUGAGUAAGGGUAGUGUUGAUAGAGUGUCCUGUUACUAAGUUGCCUGAAAUUUCUGGUUUUGAACAUAUGUCUUUCUGGAGAGAAGGAGUGAAAACGCACUUAGGAAGGGAGGAGACUGGACAGGCUGGACUCUGCAUUGCUCUUUUAAAAAUCUUGGAAACUUUGUCCUUCACUGAAUUUCGACACUGUCCACUUUAAAUUUCCUCGAAAAAAACACCAGUAACUCGGCUGAAGCCAUGCCUUGUGUUCAGGCGCAGUAUGGGUCCUCGCCUCAAGGAGCCAGCCCCGCUUCUCAGAGCUACAGUUACCACUCUUCGGGAGAAUACAGCUCCGAUUUCUUAACUCCAGAGUUUGUCAAGUUUAGCAUGGACCUCACCAACACUGAAAUCACUGCCACCACUUCUCUCCCCAGCUUCAGUACCUUUAUGGACAACUACAGCACAGGCUACGACGUCAAGCCACCUUGCUUGUACCAAAUGCCCCUGUCCGGACAGCAGUCCUCCAUUAAGGUAGAAGACAUUCAGAUGCACAACUACCAGCAGCACAGCCACCUGCCCCCCCAGUCCGAGGAGAUGAUGCCGCACUCCGGGUCGGUUUACUACAAGCCCUCUUCGCCCCCGACACCCACCACCCCGGGCUUCCAGGUGCAGCACAGCCCCAUGUGGGACGACCCGGGGUCUCUCCACAACUUCCACCAGAACUACGUGGCCACUACGCACAUGAUUGAGCAGAGGAAAACGCCAGUCUCGCGCCUCUCGCUCUUCUCCUUUAAGCAGUCACCCCCAGGCACUCCGGUGUCCAGCUGCCAGAUGCGCUUCGACGGGCCCCUGCACGUCCCCAUGAACCCGGAACCCACGGGCAGCCACCACGUAGUGGACGGGCAGACCUUCGCUGUACCCAACCCCAUUCGCAAACCCGCGUCCAUGGGCUUCCCAGGCCUGCAGAUCGGCCACGCAUCGCAGCUACUUGACACGCAGGUGCCCUCGCCACCAUCGCGGGGUUCCCCCUCCAACGAGGGGCUGUGUGCGGUGUGCGGCGACAACGCGGCCUGCCAGCACUACGGUGUGCGCACUUGUGAGGGAUGCAAAGGCUUCUUUAAGCGCACUGUGCAAAAAAAUGCGAAAUAUGUAUGUUUAGCAAAUAAAAACUGCCCAGUGGACAAGCGACGUCGGAAUCGUUGUCAGUAUUGCCGGUUUCAAAAGUGUCUGGCUGUUGGGAUGGUCAAAGAAGUGGUAAGAACCGACAGUUUAAAAGGCCGGCGAGGUCGUUUACCCUCCAAACCGAAGAGCCCGCAGGAACCCUCUCCCCCUUCGCCCCCAGUGAGUCUGAUCAGUGCCCUCGUCAGGGCCCACGUUGACUCCAACCCGGCUAUGACCAGCCUGGACUAUUCCAGGUUCCAGGCGAACCCUGACUAUCAGAUGAGUGGAGAUGACACCCAGCAUAUACAGCAAUUCUAUGAUCUCCUGACUGGCUCCAUGGAGAUCAUCAGGGGCUGGGCAGAGAAGAUCCCAGGCUUUACUGACCUGCCCAAAGCUGACCAGGACCUGCUCUUUGAAUCAGCUUUCUUGGAACUGUUUGUCCUUCGAUUAGCAUACAGGUCCAACCCAGUGGAGGGUAAACUCAUCUUUUGCAAUGGGGUGGUCUUGCACAGGUUGCAAUGCGUGCGUGGCUUUGGGGAAUGGAUUGAUUCCAUUGUUGAAUUCUCCUCCAACUUGCAGAAUAUGAACAUCGACAUUUCUGCCUUCUCCUGCAUUGCGGCCCUGGCUAUGGUCACAGAGAGACACGGGCUCAAGGAACCCAAGAGAGUGGAAGAGCUGCAAAACAAAAUUGUUAAUUGUCUCAAAGACCAUGUGACUUUCAAUAAUGGGGGGUUAAACCGCCCCAACUAUCUGUCCAAACUGUUGGGGAAGCUCCCAGAACUCCGUACCCUUUGCACACAGGGGCUACAGCGCAUUUUCUACCUGAAAUUGGAAGACUUGGUACCACCGCCAGCAAUAAUUGACAAGCUUUUUCUGGACACUUUACCUUUCUAAUAUCUUCUCCCAUGCACUUCAAAGAACUGGAAAGAAAACUAAAACUGUCCAGAGGGGCUAGUCAUACGGCAGAGAUAGCUCCCUGAGCUGUCUCAGCACAAGCUGUCCCCGCUUCUGUAAAACUCCCAGCCCCUUGAUCCCUAAAGAAAACAAAUAAACAAAUAAAAACUGUUGCUAUUUCCUAA